CGCUAGGUGGAGGUGGAGUCAGAGCUGGAUCCUGGAGCCCAACUGAGAAGCUCUGGGGAGUCUCAAAGUUUGUGUCUGGAGCAGUAGUGGAAAGUGGGCUUACUGCGAAGGGAUUUUCUUAGGAUGAGAGUUGAUCUCCUGCCUUUAUUUUGGAUGCGCGCCCAGCUUUAACCCCUUCAGCCUUCAGCCAGGUACCUGGGCAGCCUGUCUCUCCCCGACGAUUCUCAGAUUUCCGAGGACAUCGGACGGGAACCCUUGGCAUUUCUCUCUCAGGCAGAGAACGUUUUCCGUUCCAAGUGCAUAAGCCACACGCGCCCAGGCGCACACACGCACACACGCACACACCCCCUGCGGAGCCGGACCUCACCCUCUGCGGCGGCCCUGCCCGCUCCCCUCCUGCCCUCAGCAUCCUCGGCCCAGCGUCCCUCGGACCAGCAUGGAGGUGCUGGAGAGCGGGGAGCAGAGCGUCCUGCAGUGGGACCGCAAGCUGAGCGAGCUGUCAGAGCCUGGGGAAACCGAGGCUCUCAUGUACCACACGCACUUCUCAGAACUUCUGGAUGAGUUUUCCCAGAACGUCUUGGGUCAGCUCCUUAAUGACCCUUUCCUCUCCGAGAAGAGUGUGUCGAUGGAGGUGGAACCGUCCCCAACAUCCCCGGCGCCUCUCAUCCAGGCUGAGCACAGCUACUCCCUGUGUGAGGAGCCUCGGGCCCAGUCACCGUUCACCCACGUUGCUACCGGUGACAGCUUCAAUGACGAUGAAGUGGAAAGUGAGAAAUGGUAUCUGUCUACAGACUUUCCAUCCACAACCAUCAAGACAGAGCCGAUUACAGAGGAGCCGCCCCCGGGACUUGUUCCCUCUGUCACUCUGACCAUCACAGCCAUCUCCACCCCUUUUGAAAAGGAGGAACCCCUCCUGGAACCGAAUACUGGGGUUGAUUCCUCCUGCCAGACCAUUAUUCCUAAGAUUAAGCUGGAGCCUCAUGAAGUGGAUCAGUUCCUCAACUUCUCUCCUAAAGAAGCCUCCGUGGAACACCUGCACUUACCUCCCACGCCCCCCAGCAGCCACAGCAGUGACUCGGAGGGCAGCCUGAGCCCCAACCCCCGCCUGCACCCCUUCGGCCUGCCCCAGACCCACAGCCCCGCCAGAGCCGCGGCCCGGGCCCCCUCCGCCCUGUCCAGCUCUCCUCUCCUCACAGCGCCUCACAAACUUCAAGGAUCAGGCCCACUCGUCCUGACAGAAGAGGAGAAGAGGACCCUGAUCGCCGAGGGCUAUCCCAUCCCCACCAAAUUGCCUCUAACAAAAUCAGAGGAGAAGGCUCUGAAGAAAAUCCGGAGGAAAAUCAAGAACAAGAUUUCUGCCCAGGAAAGUAGGAGAAAGAAGAAAGAAUACAUGGACAGCUUGGAGAAAAAGGUGGAGUCUUGCUCCACUGAGAACUUGGAGCUUCGGAAGAAGGUGGAGGUUCUGGAGAACACCAACAGAACUCUCCUGCAGCAACUACAGAAGCUUCAGACGUUGGUGAUGGGCAAGGUUUCGCGCACCUGCAAGUUGGCGGGCACGCAGACCGGCACGUGCCUCAUGGUGGUUGUGCUCUGCUUUGCUGUUGCAUUUGGGAGCUUCUUUCAGGGCUACGGACCCUAUCCGUCUGCCACCAAGAUGGCUCUGCCCAGCCAGCACUCCAUGCAGGAGCCCUAUACAGCCUCUGUCGUGAGAUCCAGGAACCUGCUCAUCUAUGAGGAACAUUCUCCCCUGGAGGAGCCGUCCGGCCCAGCCUCGGCUGGGGAACUUGGGCCUUGGGACAGAGGCUCCUCCCUGCUCAGGGCAUCAGGGUUGGAUCCCAGGCCUGAAGUGGAUCUUCCCCAUUUCAUUCUCUCAAAUGAGAGCAGCCUGGAGAAAUCCGUGCUAUUGGAGUUACAGCAGCACUUGGUCAGCACCAAACUGGAGGGGAACGAGACACUAAAAGUUGUAGAACUCGACAGAAGAGUGAACGCCACCUUCUGAAGAGGCCGUCUCCACCUCCCUCUUUCUCUUCGCUCUCCUUUUACGUCUCCCAACCCCCCUUGUCAGGAGCUUUUCCUUUUUGCUUUUGAUCUGGAUGAAGACACGGGCGAGCGGUCGUGGCUUUGGAUGGGAGGACAGCUUGGGAUUUCCACCCGCGGUGAGAGAGCACCUCCCUCUCCCUCCCCCUCGAAGAACGGAGCCCGGCAUCCCUCCCUCCCUCUUGCUUGCUGCCAUAGGAAAUUAUUUUAGGUCCAGGGCUGGGACGAGCAGACUUGUUUCCACCAAGAGUGCCAAAAAGAGACUGCCUCUUUCUCACUGUGGGGCGUGAAGAAGAGAUGACGCUUGUUCUUUUGAGACCGCACACUCUAGCCACAGAAAUACCAGGAUGCCUGUUGGGAUCUGGCAAAGCACUGACUGAUGUCCUGCCUUCCUCAGCCUCGGCUGCCGGAGCGUCCACCCCCAAGAGCCUCGGAGGUGCCGGGGCCUUCAGUGAGCACCCCUGCCACUCUGCCCCGACCGAGCCCUGGCAGAUCGUCCUCCCCGCGCCGGAGCGAGGAUGCCCCCACCCCCACCCCACCCCCCUUCUCAGGCCGCAAGUGCAAUGCCUGAAGGAAUCAGGCUCCUCUACUCCAGGCAAACCUGCCCCGUCUUGUUGCUUGUAGGACUUCCCCACAUACCCAUAGGUCUGCCUCCCCGGCUUCUCCUCCCCGUUUGUAAAUAGUAUUUAUUAGCUCACUGAGGCUUCCCGCUGGCAACCACACUGAAGAGAUCCGACGCCUCCCUCCAAACGGCCAAAGUCUCCUGUUGGCCCGUGGAGCUCAGAGGGUACCCGAAGCUCUGGGAUCCCAAUCCCCCAGAUGGUGGCUUCUAUUUGUUUUCAUCUUCUUCUUCUACGUCAACCCCCUCCCCUUCCUCCUCCUCUCCCAUCUUCCCCUUCCUCCUCGUCCUCCUCCUUCUUCAACCUGAGGCCUAUCGUUGUACUUGGGAAAUCCCCGGAAGCUUGGGUCGUCCCACGGAAUGAAGUCACAGGGAAAGACGGAGCAACACCUUGCUCGGGUCUGUGGCUCUGUGGCCACGUGCUUUUCCUGCCCUGUUCCUGUGGCAGAAGGGAAUCCCCGUCCCCGACAUCAGGCGUCGCGGACAACCUUGCUGGCUUGCCUCUCCGCACCUGCGCCCAGCCCCCUCCGCCCCACCUGCCCUGACACUUCUGCUGUACCCUCCCUUCUGCCCCAACACAGAGGGUGGGCCUGAGGCCUGGGGCUGGAGUACGUGACCUUAGUAUCCACAGUCUUACCUUUUAUAGUCAGGUUUGGCUACUUUGCAGCUCACCCAAAGAGAUACCACCUAAUCCCCCAACCUACUUUUAUUUUUAUUUUUUUUUAAUGAUUAAAAGUAACUUUUGUAGUUUAAAAUUUUCUUUCCUCUUUCAUACAGAUAAGAAAUGGAAAUUGCCUUUUUAUUGUAUAAUGUAGAAGAUUCCCCUUAAGUGUUUUCCCCUAGCUUGUGAAAGAUUUCGUAUAAGGAAUGUGCUUACCUUUUGUAUUUUAUUUUUAGUAGUAGCUGCAAGGCCUUUAGCUUUACCUCCGGUCUCUCUCUCUCUUUUGUCGACACUGUCACUGGAACCUGCACUUACGAGGGAUUAAGCCCACACCUGGGCCUUUCGUUCCGUGUCAGAUGCAGGAUUUGGUGUCAUUAGCGUUUGCCAUCGUACCUCAUGAGCAGAUCCCUGCUUGGUCUGCCGAGGUACAUCUGGAGCUCCCCGGGAGUGAUUCCUGUCUCUGUGCUGUGGUGGAGAGAGUUCCAGACUGGGAGAUGCCAACUGUGUCUCUUCAGCUGUGCGUGGAAGCCGGAUCGGGGCUGCUGUCUGCAGUCUCACGGCCCCUCACGUUGGUCAGAGAGAGCAGAGGCCGUCAGAGUUGUGCGGGGAGAGGGGCUGCCAACAUGCCCCUGCCCCUGCUUCUCUCCUCUCCCUUCCCUCCUUCCCUUCUGCUCUAGAUUUUCCUGGGCCUGGCUGGUGUCGGGAAGGGCCACGGGCUGCUGUGGUUCAUCCCUUCCUUUAAAACGCCGUGUAAUUAUCAGGCACAGGUAGCCCGUGGGGGCCUGAGGAGGUCAAAAAGAAUUAACUCCAAUAGUAUUUGGCCGAUGAGAAAGGAGGGGUUUUGCAUUUGAGGGCGGAAGUGUGAGAAUGGGUCAGCAUACUCACCUGCUGCCAUGGAACCAGAUCGGGUUUUGAAGGCUCCAGGGGUAGCCGGGGUAGAAAACCCUGUUCUUCUGAAUGAGGCGGGAGAUGGGAAGGGCCGGUAGACUUCCAGUCCCUCCCUUAGUACCUUGAGGAUUUUAUUUUGGCCUCUGCCUGCCUUUGCUUGUCGUCCCCUUCUCCAGACCUCCAAACAGCAGGGUGUUCUCUCUGGGACGCUGUUCUUCUAGAACUGAGUCUGUACCUAGAGACCUGAGACAUCAUCUUGGGAGCUCAAAUGGCCAUAGUAAGGGGGUUCCACGUCCUCCUGCUGUGUUGAGAAAAGCCUCUGCCCUUCGCUCUCGAUGUGGGCAAGUAAAGGGAACGAAAUAGUCGUCCCUUGGGGAGGAUCCCAGGGCGUGGAGAGGACACAGAAGGGCCGAAGGAUACCCAAGAAUUCACAGAUGUGUGCUCGUUUUCUGUCCCAGGGUUAAGCCCAGACCUCAGUGGAUUUGUUUCCCCGGAUGCAGCGGUCCACUAGUCCAGGCAGUAAUACCUGGUUAGCCUGCCGAUGUCAAGCAGUGGCAGACGUCGGCUUCCAAACUUCAGUUUUGAACACUGUGACACUGUUGGCGUAAUCAUAAACCAUAAAUAAUAAAUAUGUUACUCAUAAAUACAUUAAUUCUCUUCAUCGUAUAAGCAGGGUUUCCUCUUCCCUUUCUUUGAUUACCCUGGUGAAGGAGAUGUCUUGCAAACAUGUAGAGAACAAGCAGUUUUUCACUGGGUGAGACCUGAGUAACGCCCCCCCCCCCCCCCCCUCCACUUGGCCCUUUCCACACAGCUCUUGACUUUGUGCUCAGAAACGGAUGCUGGAAAUGAAAGGCCUCAGUGCCAGUUUAAGAAAGAAUUCCCGUGAAGUGUCAGGACCCUGGAGCCUCGGCCACAUAAAAGAGAGUAUUAUGUCAAAAAUCUGAUAGCUGAACUAGGCUGUUCCUUUUGCGUGGGGGGUGGGGGUGAACUUUGCCACUGGUGUAGGCAAAAUUAGAUAACCUUUUUUGGCUAAUGGAGAUGAUUUUGACUUGGAGAGCUCAUUCGUCGAUUGUGAAAGCAGCUUUUGGCUCAACUUACUUAUAAAGCGCCUGUAAUUAC